AUGCCACAAUUCAAUUAUUCUUCAAAUUUUAAAUAAUAUAUUUCGUACAUAUUUGAAUCAAUAAUAUUUGAAAAAUUAUACUGAGAAAUUUUGGAAAACUAUAUUAUCAUUUUGUACAGAACAGCGGGGCUACGUGGCGGAAAUUCUUGAACCAGCAGACGUCGGCUAAACAAACUCCGUCAGGAAACGGUGAAGCCGCGAACCAUUACAGAAUGGAGGGAAACUCGAAAAGCCAAAAAAGAAGGAAAUUCUCAACGGCGUUACGUAAAACCGUUUAAAACGACUUCCAUUUCCAUUCCUCCGGCUCUUCUCCUGCUUUUCUUCCUUCUCCAUUUCUCUCUCUCCCCUCACUUUCUGUAACCAUAAGGAAGAGAAUAGGAAGGAAGCCACAAUCAUAAGCAAGCUAGCAGCAGCCGCUCUCAGUCUCUCUUUCUACAGGAUUGUCUUCUUAGUUUCUUCCCCGUAGAAGCUCCCGCUUCUACCGGCCAUGGCGGUUCUCGUAGGCUGCUGAAUUUCAGGCGGCGCCCGUCUCCCCAUCCCUCGUUUCGAGUCAGGUGCGGGGAUUUCUGUUGCUUUUGAAGUUCGUCGAAUUCGAUUGCUCGAUCUCAAAUCAGCUUGUUUAUCGUUAUGCGUUGGGGGUGGUUCUAUUCCCCUCUGUUUAGCUUCUUCUUCGUUGUUUUACUAGGAUCGAUUGACUCGUGUGUUCAACUUUUCCUCUCCUCCGUCUAGAUUUUAGGGGUUUUCCAUCUCUCUAAUGGAUAUUUUUUGUUUGUUUCUCCGGGUUCUAUUAUUAGGGAUUAUUGACUUUGGACUCACUAUUCGCCCCGCCUAAAGAGAAGGCGAAUUUUGAUUCGAUUUUCCGGCUGCUUUGUUUAUUUUUAUAAUUCUAUUUAGUUUCUCUAUUGGGAUUUGGUUUGUUUGUUUUGUUUGUUACCUAUGAUGUGAGCUGCCAGAGGGGUUUUGUUCUUGUUUGGUGAGAGUUGGUGUGAAUGGUGAGCUCGCUAGCAAAGAGAAGGAAACCAGGGGAGAUAAUAAUAGUUUAAUUUGUUUCAUUUCGUGGGUUGAUUGUUUUUCUGGGGCUCUUUGAUGUUACCUGUGUGAACUGUAUUUUGGUGGGUUCUCCGGUUAGAUGAGGCCAUUGAAUUAGAACUUGUCCGCCGUUCUAUGUUUUAUUUCAUUCCGAAAUAUGGGCUGCCGGAGCUGAAGAACAAAUCCAUCUCUCUCUCUCGUCCUAAAAAUCAUAUGAAAUCUAUGGUUAAGGUCUCUUUAGUCUUGUCUGGUUUAUUGGUUGAUGGGUUCUGGUUUUGAUUUUUCGUUGGGCCGUUUGAGCCUUGUUGCGCUGAAUCCAUAAUUUGGCUAGCAGGGGCUCUCCCUGGUGUUCUUGAGGUCAAUAGUUGUUGUACGAGGUUAUGGGUAGGUUAGAGUUAGGAUGAGUUUCUUAAUUUUUGUUUUUUAGGCUUGCUCCUUUUCUGUGAAGUAAUUCUUUGAGGGGUUAUCAAUGAAUUCCAUUUUGCUUCCUAAUUCUGGUAACUUGCACAUGGUUUUCUGGGCACCAAAAUUAAUGGGACAUUAAAUUCUAACCAUUGCUUUUGUUGGUGUUGCAGAUAUACAAAACUGUACCUGGGUUCUUUCCUCUUAUGGUGAUAUUGCUGUUCCAGUGUUGGGUUUGAAAUUUUGAGCAUGUGAUUGGGAGUUUCUUCUUAUCCAUACCAGAAUAGUCUUCUUUAGCGUGCUUUGAGAAUGGGAGGCGCUUGUUGCGUUGCUGCUAGAGACAGAAACAUAGUGAGUGGACCUGGAAGUGAUAUCCUGCACAGGAAUAUUCGACAUUCACCAACAUGGAGCUUUAGGUGGGAUAACCGACGGCGGGUAGCUGGUGAAGAUGCUUCGAUAAGCUGGUUUUCUAAUGAAACCAGUCGAAACGAUGGAUCCGAUGCUAAAUAUGAAUCAACGUAUGCCUCGGAAGAUGGGAGUCCAUCAACUAGUGCUAGGAGACAUACAUUUCAGAAGUCUCCUCUAUCUGACAGGGCUCUGGGCCCCCUAACUACUCCUGCUUCAGAUCAAUCCAUAUCAAGGAAUGCAUCGAUGGAUACAAAUGUGGAACAGGUGAAGGAGACUGAAGGGCCCCCAGCAACUUCAAAUCACUAUACCUCCAAUUUAUCCCUUUCAUUGCCUUCAACUUCAUCGUUGUCAAACUCUCCUAUGUCAAUGGCUCAAAGCCACUUGCUUCCCGCCAGCUCAACCAAGGCAACAUGGUCCCCAGGGCAAGAAGCAUCGGGCAGCAAAAAUCCAGAAUUGAAGACAGGUAGUGAAGACAACAGGUUUACAAAUCCCUCAUGGAGCAAUGAAUCUACUCGAGGCUCCCAUGGAGGGUCUUCCGAUAGUUGGUCUAUGCUUGCAUUCUCUGAACUCAUGGCCACAUCUAAUAGAGAGAGAUGGUCCUUCGACACCACCGAGUCAUUGGGUGGUUCCAGUCGGGGGAAGACCAGAGGGGACGGUCACCAAAAAUCUGCUUCUUCUUUCUCUAUGGAUCUACAAACAUGUGGAAUAUGCUUGAAGCUACUAACCGAGAAAUCCGUGUGGAGCACCCGGAAGCUUAUUGCAAGCAACGAGCUAUCUGUUGUUGCAGUUUUAACUUGUGGCCAUGCUUACCAUGCUGAGUGCCUGGAGACUUUGACACCAGAAAUUACCAAGUACGACCCGUCCUGCCCCAUAUGUACGCUUGGGGAGAAGCAGACGCUGAAGUUGUGUCGGAGAGCCAUGAAAGCUGAAAUGGACUUGAAGGCGGCCAAGAACAAGAAAUCCAGGAGCCGGGUUGUGGACAGUGAUCCUGAUGACGAUUCCUUAAAUGGUGAUCAUGUCAAAUUUUCUGGACGUGAAGAAAGGAAAGGUCCCAAGUUGGGUUCCAGUUCCAGCAUGAAAACCAGCACAUCGAAACCUUUCUUGAAGAGACAUUUUUCAUUCGGAUCGAAGGGGGCUAGAUACGCGUCAGAGAAUCAUCAUUCGACUAAAAAGAAAGGCUUCUUCUGGACGAGAUCUCUCAAGGGAUGACGAUCUCCGCUUUCUAAUCAGCUGCAUUACCAGGUCAGUACAUUACAACUCCUUUUUCUAUGUUGCUUUCAGAACUGUGAAAGUUCAACUCUUUUAGUAUUUAACCCGUCAACAGUUGUAUCCGGAAACUCACUACAGUUCUGAAACUAUAAUGUCGGACAGAUUCUAGAAUGGAUCUCCUAUGCAUUGGGAAAAGAUGGGACUUCAGUGGUAGAAGAGAAAGGAAGAGCAUCUAUUCUUUGCCUAGGACGAUUGCACAUCUUUGAGAUGUGUCAACCAAGCUUAUGAUUGUGGAACUACACUUGUAAAGAUAAGAAAGGAAUUUGUAGUAGGAAAAGGUAUAAAGAGAAGGGUCCACGUAUUGAUUUGAUCCAGUAGGGAGGAACUCAGUCAGUUCAGAGGAAGAAGGUUUAGGAGGGUGCCACAGCACUCAAUGGUGUCCUCAUGUUAUGUAUAGAUUGAUUCGUUUUCCUGUUUGUUGCUUCGAAACUAUUCAAUGAAACUUCUGGGAAUCCAACUCAUAUGCUUGUAUCUGGCUUUGCUGAAUAAUGUUAGCUCCAAAAUUUCAUUACUUGCCUCUUGUUUCCUCUCCCGAAGGAUUUCUUGUGUUCUACUUUGUUUUCAAUCUGACCACUGUAUUCUGUUUGCGCCUUUGCGGUCAGGAUUGCAUGAAGUGGUUGAGCUAGAGGGUGACACGUGGACCUAAUUGUUUGCUAACGUGGCUGGUGCAACAUAAAGGUGACACGUGUAA